AUGAAGAUCUUUUUCUUAUUCACCUUUUUGCCUUUUUUGUUGUCUGCUUUUGAACAAGCAGCUGCUUCUGCUCACUAUGACAAGAUUUUAACUCACAGUCGAAUAAGGGCACGCGACCAGGGCCCAAAUGUCUGUGCUCUUCAGCAAGUUAUGGGAACAAAAAAGAAAUACUUCAGCACUUGCAGAAACUGGUACCAGCAAUCCAUCUGUGGAAAGAAAGCAACUGUCUUAUAUGAGUGCUGUCCUGGCUAUAUGAAGAUGGAUGGUACAAGGGGAUGUCCUGCAGUUGCUCCAAUUGAUCAUGUGUAUGGUACGCUUGGUAUUGUGGGAGCUACCACCACACAGCGCUACUCUGACAUGUCAAAGCUGAGAGAAGAGAUUGAGGGACGAGGAUCAUUCACUUUCUUUGCACCAAGCAAUGAAGCCUGGGACCAGUUAGAUUCAGAAACCCACAGGAAUUUGGUUGACAAUGUAAAUAUUGAACUAUAUAAUUCUCUCCACCACCACAUGUUAAACAAGCGCAUGUUGACAAAAGAUCUUAAGAAUGGCAUGACCCUGGUGUCUAUGUAUAAUGGCCAGAAAUUGUUUAUUAACCAUUAUCCCAAUGGGGUUGUCACUGUUAACUGUGCCAGGAUCAUCCAUGGCAACCAAAUUGCUACCAAUGGUGUUGUCCAUGUCGUUGAUCGUGUCCUGACUUCCGUUGCAAAUACCAUUCAAGAUUUCAUUGAAUUUGAGGAUGAGCUUUCAUCAUUUAGAGCUCCUGCCAUUACAUCAGGUGUCAUGGAUAUUCUUGGAAGACCCGGUCAUUACACAAUCUUUGCUCCUACUAAUGAAGCUUUUGAGAAACUUCCAAGGGGAGUUUUAGAAAGAAUCAUGGGUGACAAGGUGGCCUCUGAAGCUCUUGUGAAGUUCCAUAUAUUAAAUACUCUCCAGUGCUCUGAAGCCAUCACAGGGGGAGCUGUCUAUGAAACCUUGGAAGGAAACACUGUUGAAGUUGGUUGUGAUGGUGAAAGUCUGACUGUGAAUGGAGUGAAAAUGGUGAAACGCAAAGAUAUUGUGAGAAGCAAUGGCGUUAUCCACCUCAUUGAUCAAGUGCUAAUUCCUGAUUCUGCCAAACAAGUCAUUGAGCUUGGGGGUGCUCAGCAGACUACAUUUACGGACCUGGUGGCACAGCUAGGGUUGGCAUCUUCUCUAAGGCCAGAAGGCCAAUACACUCUCCUGGCACCUCUGAAUGGUGCUUUCUCAGAUGACACCUUAAGGCUGGAUCAACGUCUUCUUAAAAGAAUCCUGCAGAAUCACAUUAUAAAAGUGAAAGUUGGGCUCAAUGAACUGUACAAUGGACAAGAGCUGGAAACAAUUGGAGGAAAACUACUUAGAGUCUUCGUGUAUCGCACAGCUGUAUGUAUUGAAAAUUCAUGCAUGGUCAGAGGAAGCAAAGAAGGAAGAAAUGGUUUUAUUCACAUCUUCAGACAGAUCAUCAAUCCACCAGAAAAGAGUUUGCAUGAAAUGUUGAGAAAUGAUAAGCGUUUUAGCAUUUUCCUCAGUCUGGUGAAAGCUGCAGAUUUGGAUGAUGUUCUGUCACAGCCUGGACAGUGGACUCUGUUUGUCCCAACUAAUGAUGCCUUUAAAGGUUUGACUGACGAUGACAAGGACAUACUGAUAAGGGACAAAAAUGCUCUCAGGAAUAUUCUUCUUUACCACUUGACACAAGGAGUUUUCAUUGGAAGUGGCUUUGAGCCUGGUGUAACGAAUAUUCUUAAAACCAUCCAAGGAGGCAAACUCUACUUGAAAACAGUGAAUGAUACUCUUCUGGUUAAUGAACUGAAAUCAAGAGAAUCCGAUCUCAUGGCAACAAAUGGUGUCAUUCAUGUCAUUGACAAACUCCUAUAUCCAGCAGAACUGCCUGUUGGAAAUGAUCAGCUGCUCACCAUACUGAAGAAGUUGAUUAAAUACAUUCAAAUUAAGUUUGUUCGUGACAGUACCUUCAAAGAGAUUCCACUGACAUUUUACAAAAUUAACAUAAUUGAAAGCAACGUCCAGCCUAUCAUCACAAAGGAAGACCCAUCUAUCACACAGCUCACUAAAUUAAUUGAAGGGGAACCUGAGUUCAAAAUAGUCAGGGAAGGGGAGACAAUAACUAAAGUGAUUCAUGGAGAACCAAUUAUUAAAACAUACACCAAAAUCAUUGAUGGACGACCUGUGGAAGUGACAGAGAAAAAAGUAACAGAAGAAAGAAUUAUUCAAGGGCCUGAAAUAAAAUAUACCAGAAUUACUGCAGGAGGUUCAGACAAUGAAGAGAAGUUAAAGAAAAUCCUUGAAGAAGAGGUUACCAAAGUGACCAAAUUUAUUGAAGGUGAUGGUCAUUUACUGGAAGAUGAAGAAAUCAAAAGACUUCUGCAGGGAGCCGGAACUGAGUACACCAAGGUUACUAAAAUAAUUGAGGGAGAGCCACAGAUUAUCGAGAGAGAAAUCAAGAAAGUUCAUCUGGAAGAAGCACCUGCACGGAAAGCACAACCAACCAGGAGGGCACAAGGAGGAGGAGCAAGAAGGAGGACAAGACUAGACCAUUCCUAAAAGCUUGCCAAGAUAGAAUUCACAGAAUUACAAUUAACAACAUGGUCUCUGAGAGGAACUGUUUGGAUUUUUUUUUUAAUAAGAACAUUAGAAAAUGACAUUGUUUUGAUGACAUAAUGUAAACUGAACCAUGAAUCCACAAAAAGAUGUGAAGCUGCAGAUGCUCACUGCCAGCACAGUGCUCACUAGGAGUAAUCCAUUGGAGGUGCUUUUACUGCUCUUGAUAGUAAGCACUA